GCUGUAACCCGGAAGCAGUGCUUCAAGGUUUUAUGGCGUUUGUCGGGAGCGGAUUAAAAGCCCGCAGCCUCGAUGCCCGAGCAAGGCCCCAGGAUGAACGGCUUCUCCAUCAGCGAGCUCUGCUGGCUCUUCUGCUGCCCGCCGUGCCCCGGUCGCAUCGCGGCCAAGCUCGCCUUCCUCCCCCCGGAGCCCACCUACUCGGUACAGACGGCCGCCGACGGCACGUGCAGCCUGCACCUGAGCGAGCGCGCCGACUGGCAGUACUCGCAGCGCGAGCUGGACGCCGUGGAGGUGUUCGAGACGCGCACGAGCCGCGGCAACCGCGUGGGCUGCAUGUUCGUGCGCUGCGCGCCCAACAGCCGCUACACGCUGCUCUUCUCGCACGGCAACGCCGUGGACCUGGGCCAGAUGUGCGGCUUCUACAUCGGCCUGGGAUCGCGCAUCAACUGCAACGUGUUCUCGUACGACUACUCGGGCUACGGCAUCAGCAGCGGGAAGCCGUCCGAGAAGAACCUGUACGCGGACAUCGAGGCCGCCUGGCACGUUCUCAGGACCAAAUAUGGUGUGGCCCCUGAGAGUGUAAUCCUCUAUGGCCAGAGCAUCGGCACUGUGCCAACAGUGGAUCUGGCAUCUCGCUACGAGUGUGCGGCUGUCAUCCUCCACUCACCACUCAUGUCUGGGCUUCGGGUGGCCUUUCCAGACACCAGGAAGACCUACUGCUUUGAUGCCUUCCCAAGCAUCGACAAAGUGUCUAAGGUGACAUCACCGGUUUUGGUGAUCCAUGGCACGGAGGAUGAAGUCAUCGACUUCUCCCAUGGUCUGGCCAUCUAUGAGCGGUGUCCUCGCGCUGUCGAACCCCUUUGGGUGGAAGGGGCAGGCCACAAUGACAUCGAGCUGUACUCACAGUACCUGGAGCGGCUGAAGCAGUUCAUCUCCUUUGAACUGCCGAACUCCUGAAAGCAUCCCCAGGAGGACGAGGAGGAAGACCCAAAAGCUUAGGAGCAUGGCAGAUCCUCUUCUGUAAAGGACCAGGACCUGGUCAGUGAUUGCUCCUGCUUUUGAAUGCAGAUCCUUCUCAGCUUCUGUUGCAGUAGAAUACGGUCAGUCUUUGUUUCUGGGGGUGAGUUUUCAAUGUGUGAAUUUUACAACUUUAUACUUUUUUAUACUUGAAGGGAAUCUUGGAAAAAAUGUUUUUGCACCUCAGAUAUGAAUUUCAUUUUGUUUUUAAUAAUUUCACAUAUCUUUAAAGAAUAACAGAAGCACUUUCCUUGUGCAGUAAUUAUGAUGUUGUGGUUUUUUUUCCUUUCGAUUGUUAUGUUAGCAUUCCAUUUUUUUCAAUGGGAAGA